GAAAGAUUUUUUAAUUCGAAAACAACAAAAUAAACAUAAAAAAAUAUUUUUUGACUAUAUUCGGCUUGAAUUAAUUAUUAUAAAAUAUAAAGUAUUAAAUAUGGACAAUUCAGAUCAAUUUCUAUCUGAUGGAGGUGUACAAGAAGACUCAGAACCAGAAUUUUUACAAUCUUCAGAAGGAAGAAUGCUGAGAGAACAGGAUCGAUUUUUGCCGAUUGCAAAUAUAGCGAAAAUAAUGAAAAAUGCCAUCCCAAAUAGUUCCCAAGGAAAAAUAGCAAAAGACGCUCGUGAAUGUGUGCAAGAAUGCGUAUCAGAAUUCAUUUCCUUUAUCACCAGCGAAGCAAGUGAACGUUGUGCAAAUGAGAAGCGAAAAACAAUGAAUGGCGAGGAUAUUUUAUGGGCAAUGCAAAAUCUAGGAUUCGAUACUUACAUUGAACCACUAAAAGUAUUCCUCCAGAAGUACCGAGAAUCAUCCAAACAAAGUCUUUUCUCUGACGAUUCAGGGAACCUGCAAGGCGAUGAAUCGUUCAACAAAUUCAUGAAUGGCGACAGUAAUAUGUAUAAUCCUUAAACAAAUAAAUAAAAUAAACUCUUCAUUACACA